CCCAUUUUCUUUAAGCUCCCAUGAACAUCCAUUCAAUCCCUCUCUUUCACCAAACCCAUGGCAAAUUGUAGAGCUUUCAUGUCCUCAAUCUUUCCCGCUCUCAUUCUUAUUCUGCCCCUAAUCUUUUCCCUAAAUGGCGAAUUUGUCAGAUUCGCAGAGGCAGGAAAGCGGAGAGCCCAAAUAUCGGACGACCUAGACGACGUCGUGGAUGACGAGGAGGACGAGUCUUGGAAAGAAUGGGGUAAGAAAUCGACACCCUCUAUGGAUUUGGACCCCAGCGAUUUGUCCGAAAUGGACCUGCCGGAGAUCCAGUCCGAGAUGAUGAAGCGGCAUUCCGGGCCGGUUUUCGGGUUUGUCAAGCUCCGGUUGGGCGUUAAACGGACUCAGGAUGUGGUAACUGAGACUGCUAUGAAAUGGACAAAGGUUAUAAGAACUGGUGGUGUUGAGGCGAAAUUUAUGGGCCUUGAUCUUACCACAAUCAUGUUCAGCAUGGAAAAUGGCCAAAACAUACCUGAGUUGAAAGAGUUUGUGCUCAGUCAGCCAGAGGCAUAUGAGAUCAAGAUUGGGGACCAAGUUUUUCAAAGACCUGGAGAUCCUCCUCUGGAGGAAGUCGUUGAAAAACUCCAUGAGGAGAAGAACAAAGAGGAGAAAAAUAGUCACACGCAGAAUGAGAAUAAUGUGAAAGAGGAGUUGUAGUUUACUGAUAACCAACCUGUUAUAUAACUAUAUUGGAGAAAAAUUAUGAGCCUGGUUUAGCUCGUUUAUUAGUAAAGAUGUUCAUCAUCACUGAGUGAUAUAAGUUGUUGAUGUGCAAAUUAAGUUCCAUUAUGAAGCCCGCAAAAAACUGACGUCAACUGUGAACCAACUGUAUACAGAAGAAAACCACAAUUAAUAAUCAUAAUAACAGACAAAAAGAAUACUUUGGUUGUGA